AUGAUGAGAUUAUGUGUCGCGAUAAUCGUCUUCAUAUCCGCCGUGAAUGCUAUCGGAGUGUUGCCGAUUCCGAGCGAACAAGCACAGAAUGUCAAAUCCAAGUUUGAUGAUUUUGCCGAACACUUUCUGCAACCCGAAGAUUUUCAUAAUGGCGAAACGACGCCGGUGAAGAAGCCAUCGGAUGCUGAGAUCGAGUCGAUGCAGAAUUCGAUGCUGUUCGAAGGCGAUAUUAUGGGAGUGCCGGAAAUCGAGAAGGUUGAUAUUUUGAAAAGAUUGCGGGAUGAUCCAAUGGUCGAAGAUGAUGAAGCGAUUUUCAGAAGACCGUUUUAUUUUUUUUUAAUUGAAAAUUGGAACCAAUUUAUUCAGUACCACAGUGCGUUGAACCUUGUGACUUAUCCCGACAAGUUGUGGCCUGACGCGCAAGUUCCGUAUAUGUUGGAAGAAGGAAUGACGAAUGAUCAGAGAGCUGCAAUUGCUCAAGCUUUUGAUGAAUAUAAACAAAAAACUUGUGUACGAUUUGUGCCAAGAACCGAAGACGAUUUCGAUUACAUUUAUGUGAAACGAAACGUGGCAUUCGGGUGCUCAUCGUAUGUCGGAAGAGCUGGAGGAAAUCAAACUGUCUCCCUUGAAGUCGACAAAUGCUUCUCGAAGGGAAUUAUUGCGCAUGAACUUAUGCAUGCUUUGGGCUUCUUCCAUGAGCAUUCAAGGACUGAUCGCGACGAUUUCGUGAAUAUAAUAGAAGACAACAUCAAGCCAGGAAUGAUGAGAAACUUUGAAAAGUAUCCGCGCAAGAUUAUCGAUUCUCUUGGAAUGCCGUACGACUACGAAUCGGUGAUGCAUUACCAUAAGUUGGCAUUCUCGCGCAACGGCAAACCAACGAUCGUGCCGAAGGAGACUGAUGCGGAUGUUGGACAACGAUAUAAACUGUCCGACAUGGACGCGAAGAAGGUGAACAAGCUGUACCAAUGCGGAGAGUAUUCGAAGACUACCACGACGACAACCACCACUACUACAACCACAACAACGACGACAACUGAAAAACCCGAGACAACGACUACGGAAGAGGAAGAAGAAGUAGAAAAAUCUACAAAGAAGUCGACCACAACCACAACAACUCCAAAACAUACCACAAAACCAAUUGAGAGGUCUCGUAACAAAAAAUGCGAGGAUUUGAACGCUCAUUGCGGUAUGUGGGAGCAAUUGGGGCAUUGCCAACAUUCGGUUAAAUACAUGGCUCAUUAUUGUCGUAAAGCGUGCGGUCUUUGCGAUUCGGAACUUCCGACGACGACGACGACGAAAUCGCCACGUGGCAAAGAAGGCAAGAAAGAGGUGACGAGUUCAACGACGUCAACAACGACAGCGGCGCCGAAAGAGAAGUGCGAGGACAAGAAUCUGUUCUGCAGCUAUUGGGCGAAAAUCGGCGAAUGCAAUAGCGAAAGCAAAUUCAUGAAGAUCUUCUGCAAGGCUUCUUGUGGAAAAUGUUAG